AUGACGAUGGCAGCAGCAGUGGCAGCAGCAGUGGCAGCAGCAGUGGCAGCAGCAGUGGCAGCAGCAGUGGCAGCAGCAGUGGCAGCAGCAGUGGCAGCAGCAGUGGCAGCAGCAGUGGCAGCAGCAGUGGCAGCAGCAGUGGCAGCAGCAGUGGCAGCAGCAGUGGCAGCAGCAGUGGCAGCAGCAGUGGCAGCAGCAGUGGCAGCAGCAGUGGCAGCAGCAGUGGCAGCAGCAGUGGCAGCAGCAGUGGCAGCAGCAGUGGCAGCAGCAGUGGCAGCAGCAGUGGCAGCAGCAGUGGCAGCAGCAGUGGCAGCAGCAGUGGCAGCAGCAGUGGCAGCAGCAGUGGCAGCAGCAGUGGCAGCAGCAGUGGCAGCAGCAGUGGCAGCAGCAGUGGCAGCAGCAGUGGCAGCAGCAGUGGCAGCAGCAGUGGCAGCAGCAGUGGCAGCAGCAGUGGCAGCAGCAGUGGCAGCAGCAGUGGCAGCAGCAGUGGCAGCAGCAGUGGCAGCAGCAGUGGCAGCAGCAGUGGCAGCAGCAGUGGCAGCAGCAGUGGCAGCAGCAGUGGCAGCAGCAGUGGCAGCAGCAGUGGCAGCAGCAGUGGCAGCAGCAGUGGCAGCAGCAGUGGCAGCAGCAGUGGCAGCAGCAGUGGCAGCAGCAGUGGCAGCAGCAGUGGCAGCAGCAGUGGCAGCAGCAGUGGCAGCAGCAGUGGCAGCAGCAGUGGCAGCAGCAGUGGCAGCAGCAGUGGCAGCAGCAGUGGCAGCAGCAGUGGCAGCAGCAGUGGCAGCAGCAGUGGCAGCAGCAGUGGCAGCAGCAGUGGCAGCAGCAGUGGCAGCAGCAGUGGCAGCAGCAGUGGCAGCAGCAGUGGCAGCAGCAGUGGCAGCAGCAGUGGCAGCAGCAGUGGCAGCAGCAGUGGCAGCAGCAGUGGCAGCAGCAGUGGCAGCAGCAGUGGCAGCAGCAGUGGCAGCAGCAGUGGCAGCAGCAGUGGCAGCAGCAGUGGCAGCAGCAGUGGCAGCAGCAGUGGCAGCAGCAGUGGCAGCAGCAGUGGCAGCAGCAGUGGCAGCAGCAGUGGCAGCAGCAGUGGCAGCAGCAGUGGCAGCAGCAGUGGCAGCAGCAGUGGCAGCAGCGGCAGCAGCAGUGGCAGCAGCAGUGGCAGCAGCAGUGGCAGCAGCAGUGGCAGCAGCAGCAGCAGUGGCAGCAGUGGCAGCAGCAGUGGCAGCAGCAGUGGCAGCAGCAGUGGCAGCAGCAGUGGCAGCAGCAGUGGCAGCAGCAGUGGCAGCAGCGGCAGCAGCAGUGGCAGCAGCAGUGGCAGCAGCAGUGGCAGCAGCAGUGGCAGCAGCAGUGGCAGCAGCAGUGGCAGCAGCAGUGGCAGCAGCAGUGGCAGCAGCAGUGGCAGCAGCAGUGGCAGCAGCAGUGGCAGCAGCAGUGGCAGCAGCAGUGGCAGCAGCAGUGGCAGCAGCAGUGGCAGCAGCAGUGGCAGCAGCAGUGGCAGCAGCAGUGGCAGCAGCAGUGGCAGCAGCAGUGGCAGCAGCAGUGGCAGCAGCAGUGGCAGCAGCAGUGGCAGCAGCGGCAGCAGUGGCAGCAGCAGUGGCAGCAGCAGUGGCAGCAGCAGUGGCAGCAGCAGUGGCAGCAGCAGUGGCAGCAAGAGUUGGUGAAUCAGUCUUCUUCUCCUCCACCUGCUGCCUCCUCCUCUGCAGCUGA